AUGAGAUCAAACAACCGCCGCCGCCUUAUUCACCGCGACUGCUGGCCGUUUUCCGAGCUGUUCUUGUCGAGGCGCGGCACCGCUGUCACCAGACGCCGUGGUGGACGCCCCCCGGAGCCGGCAGCUCGGCCAAGGGUUGAACCAGACAAGCAAUGUGAUUUUCUUCAACUAAGAAGAGAAACACAAACGAAGUACAGCUUACCAUUAAUUCUCAUUUCAGUAAAUAACACAGAAUCAGGCAUCAAACCUGCUCAAAACAUCACCCACUUGUGCCAACAAGCUUGGGAGAAUGUCUCCACUGUAAAGGUAGCGUUACGGGAAAACACUACUCUGCAGAUUGUUCCCAUGAGUAUAGACGGGUCCUGCCAUCCCCAAAUUGUUGCUAUAGCUGUUUCAGAUGUCAUAUCUAAAGGCAAUUCGACCAGGCCAUAUGCUCAGGAAGAAAUGACUAAUGUUACAUGUUUGGUCAACACUUGGGAGGAGGAGACCCACAAACAUGUCUUCACCGUGCCUUUGUCCAGCACUCUUGGUGGCGCCGUGUGUGCAGAAAACAUCCAGGCUACACGGACUGUGUCCAGCACCCCUGAUGGCACAGUGUGUCCAACAAAGACCCAUGCCACAUGGACUCCUAAUAGUACAUUGUUUACGAGAGAGAAGAUGGCACUGACCACUAGACAGCCUAAGAUCAAGACAACAAGGUUAACCUUGAAUCAUAGAACAAGUACAUGUAGUCCCUGUCCAAAUGAAACUGUGAAAGAGAGAUCCCCACAUGUAGCAAUCAUCAUAAUGGAAACUGUAAUAGGGGUGGUACUGGUAGAACUGCUUGUAGCGUACAUUAUCAGAAGACAGUGGUGUUGUUCACUGGGCGACCAACAAGGCCACCUUGCGGGAGCCAAUAGUACACCACCUAACAGGACUACACAGCAGUCAGGAGAGCAACAGUACAGUGAAAUUCCUGACGAGUACUACGACCAGCAAAACACAGCGACAUCAACCACGUCGCAGACUGAUCAUGAUUAUAGUCAGAUUCCUGAUGGCUACUUCAACUACUACAACACAAGACCAGGAGCACAACAUCAAGAUGGCAAGGACUACUCUGUAAGGUUUAACACUGCCGCAGCUGAGGUGGCCAUUCUUUCAUCAACUCGGCGGGGUUGCAAACACCCAUCCUACAAUACAGCCCCACAAGUCUGUAGAGACCCACAGAAUUACCAGAUACCUGCACAAGGACGUCGGACUAACAUCAGAACACCCAGAAUGCCUGAAACAGGCAGCAGUGGCCACCAAUAUAUGGGUUUGCUUGGUAACUGCAGACAUAGCAGGAGACCGCUAUCAUACCCUCAGGCAGUUCGUGUGCCUCAAGAUGACAAUGACUACUCUGUAAGAUUUAACACUGCUGCAGCUGAGGUGGUCGUUCCUUCAUCAACCCGACUGGGUGACAAACACCCAUCCUACGAAACAGCCCCACAAGUCUGGAGAGACCCACAGAAUUACCAGAUACCUGCACAGGGACGUAAUACAAACAUCAGAUCUCAAAGAAUUCCCGUAGCACGCAGUAGUAGUGAGCCACGAUAUAUGGGUUUGAUCGGUUCGCAAGGCACGUGGCAGCAACAGCUAGUUUCACCUCCCAAGCCAUGA